CUGAAUUCGGAGAGUUCCCAUUCACAUCCGAACUAAACUCUCGGGCCCCGCGUCGAUCUCCCUUCCCCUUCACCUCCCUUUUCCUUUGGCUUUUUUCUAUCUUCUUGACACUGAAUCCUUACGGUUGCGCAUUAGCUCCCGAAGAUCACCAUGAACUGGCUCAAGUCAACUCUCUCUGCUGCGGUGGGCACGCAGGAACCUAUCUACGGCCCCGAGGCAAUCCGUUCGGUCGCCCAGCAGACUGCUGAGACCCCUUACACUGUCCUGAACAAGGACUUGCUACGAUGGAAGGCUUUCCAAUACACCAAUGUGGAGACACAGACCUUUUACGUCAUGGCCGACAACGGCACUCUCGUCAUGGUUCAGGUCAUCUACAGCAACAUUGCAGGCAUCCAUACCACCGCCCACUUCAACACUAAGAUCUUUGACCAGAGCGGAGCUGGAAACCACAUCUGGCACUCGGAUGGUCUGUCGAACUUCAUGUUCGAUGAGCAGAUGGUUUGCUUCGGCGCCGAUAACCUGACUAUCACCCUGAAUGAGGAGGGUGACUCCUACACCAUCAAGUCGACCGUUAACCCUGACUGCCUUGUCGACUUGAAGAUCACCCGGAAGGCACCGGGCUUCACCAUCGGAAAGGAUGGUACCUCCUACUUUGGAACCGACCCCAAGAACCCCUGGGGCUCCAUGACUCACUCCUUCUGGGCUCGCUGUGCCGUCGAGGGUAGCAUCACUACCAAGGAGAAGUCCUACGACCUGGCUGGUCGUGGUCUGUUUAUCCCCGCUAUGCAGGGCAUGAAGCCCCACCACGCAGCUGCCCGCUGGAACUUCAUUAACUUCCAGACUCCUACCUAUUCCGCCGUCAUGAUGGAGUUCACCACUCCUCCCUCCUACGGCUCCACCACGGUCAACGUCGGUGCCAUUGUCAAGGAUGAUGAGAUCGUCUACGCCGGUGUUACUAACACAGUAACCCACACCGAGUCGACAACGGACCCUGCCAGCGGCUGGCCCGAGCCCACCUCCAUCAAGUGGGAGUGGACCGGCAAGACCGCGGAUGGUCAGGAUGUGUCCGCCGAGGUCGAUGGAUCUCUCGGCAAGCGCCUGGAUCGCGUUGAUGUCAUGGGUGAGGUGCCCGGCUUCAUCAAGACCAUUGCCGGUAGCGUUGCUGGUACCAAGCCGUACAUCUUCCAGUUCUCCCCUGCUGAGAAACUGUCAUUGAAGCUCAAGGUUGGUGAGACUGAGACCACCGAGGAGGGCUUCAUGUUCUCAGAGUCCACUUUCAUCUCCUAAGCUCGUUGAGCCGGCCCCCUCUCCAUCCCACGUACAUAGGACAUUUGGUCCCCAAGUGGGACCUCUUUGGCGUUAGUUUGAGACAUUUUACAUUAUUUGCUGGAGGCAGUCGAUAUUGAGAGGCCUCAUGCGAACCAGACAUCCACAGAUUGUAUACAGGAUACUUAAUGCUAUUGACAAUAUUUCUCUGUAA